UCGCCUUUCGCCCCUUUACGCCGUGCAGACAGUCUUGCCGGGCACAAGCAAAAUGAGCAGCAGCGCCUCACUCGAUCAACCCAUUUUCUCCAAGGGGGAGGACUGCAAAUCCUCGUGGCACGGCGCCAACGCUGGCUACAAUGAAGCCGAUACUCACCUGGAGAUUAUGGGCAAACCCGUGAUGGAGCGCUGGGAGACCCCGUACAUGCACUCCCUGGCAACGGUGGCAGCCUCCAAAGGCGGUCGGGUUCUGGAGAUCGGUUUCGGCAUGGCCAUUGCUGCCACUAAAGUGGAAUCCUUCCCCAUUGAGGAGCACUGGAUCAUCGAGUGCAACGACGGCGUCUUUAGCCGACUGGAGAACUGGGCCAAGUCUCAACCGCACAAGGUUGUCCCCCUCAAGGGCCUCUGGGAGCAGGUUGUACCCACCCUGCCGGAUAACCAUUUUGACGGUAUCCUGUAUGACACAUACCCUCUGUCUGAAGACAAAUGGCACACACACCAGUUUGACUUUAUCAAGGGUCACGCUCACCGAUUGCUGAAGCCCGGCGGCGUCCUCACCUACUGCAAUCUGACCUCCUGGGGCGAGCUGCUCAAGGGCAAAUAUAACAAUAUCGAGACUAUGUUUCAGGAGAGCCAGGUGCCUCAUCUGCUUGAAGCCGGCUUCAAGAAGGAGAAGAUAAGCACCACCACCAUGGACAUUGCACCUCCCACUGAGUGCAAAUACUAUUCCUUCCAUAAGAUGAUCACCCCCACCAUUUACAAAGAGUAAAGUGCAAAGCACUGCAGAAGAUUCCGUUUUUUUUUUUACUAGUAUGCGCCUUCUCUGACGAUCUCUCCUUAUUCUUGUUUGCCUUCUUUCAAUAAAACCAAGUCCAUGGCAUGA